CAUGGACGUCAUGAGCAUAAUUUCCGUAUCUGAUCAUGAAUUUGCGGAGCCAACCAAAGGUAUACCUACUUUGUCUCGUCAUGACACACGAGAUGUGCUCUCUCUAAGGGUGAGAACAGGAUGUCUUAACGGGAUGCCUCAAUGCAACUUGAGAGCUAUCACCUUUCGAGGCCGUCACGCAAUGAGGGUCAUGGUAUGGAGAACCGACAGACAUCUUGCCUAUAUUGGUAUCCCGAGAGCAUCAGUGGACAGUGACAUGCUUGUUGCUGCACUCGUAAGCCCUGGCGGUUCUGCCCACACGCCCAUUACUGAUAUGCCUUCAAUCACAAGAACAUAUCUCAACCCUGGAGACCGAGUAUGGGACCGAUACAUGUGUCCAUCGCCGACAAAGAACUCUAGGAUCAAGCUACAGCACACCUUGAGAAAUACCUCAAUGUUGGAUUGGCUGGGGGAGUGUCAUUUCUCUACGUAUUUGGAGUGUUCAGGUGGAAACCGCCAAUGAUGCUAGGCUAGCCAAAGCUUAUGUCUUCUCCAGUGCGGAGACAACAUGAAGAUCAGCCCGAGGCCCACCGUGAUAUGAGAAACGCUCGAGAUCUUGCGUUAGUACGGCCAUGUCCAUAAGCUGUUUCGGAGUCGGGGCGAGAAGUGGUGAUCGAUCUCCAUGUCGAUCAGGGUCUUCACUGAAUUGCACCAUGAUUCAGCAUUCUAGCCUCGAAGCGGGUAUAUCCAACUAGUGAUUCUCUGUUGGUGAGCCGAUGCGAAGAAACAUAAAAUUACUUGUGCGGAGGAUGUUGAACUCUCUUGGCUUUCAUAGCUGGUGCGAGUAUGACCGAGGCAGACCCAUCAAUGGAGACCAGUAGGUUUCAUCAGACGUUUCCGUCGAUACAUCGAUCCAGGUCCAAUAGGUAUACCUGGAAAAUAUAAUCAUAAAAUUUCAGCCAUGGGAGGAUUGUCCCCAGGGGUCAUGCCGCACGGAAGUUCUUCGAGCGGAAAGUCUCAAAUAAUAAUGGCCAGAUUAUCGCAAACCUUUAAACAGAGCCGCAACUCGCUUGUGGACCAUAGCAAGUCAUGAGCUUUGCUAUAUUAUCUCUCGCAGAACUACGGAGUACUGUGCCGGUUUUAGAAGUUACUCAGUGAUAAGCUAGAAUACAAUGCCGAAAUUCCUCUGUCUUGCACAGCUUUUUGCAGUAUUUUACAAAGAUAAUGAACAGCACCCGUCCCACAGUGGCAUAGGUAAAGGAAUGCGCUUGGCGAUCCAGAUAUCAAGCAAUUGUCAAUGCUGAUAAGAAUCUGCACAACUAUUGAGCCAUGAACGAAGCCAAGGCUGAUGCUGGCGUACACGUAACCGCGUCGACGAUCUCGAUGUCCAUGAUUUCGGUGGCUGCUGGGUAACAAUUCGACAUUCAGAAUUGCAAUGUCGUCGUUGUCGGCCUUGCUGGCAACACCUUCACUUGAGGUUCACUGAGAGCGGAGACAUUCUGGGCAUCGUAGCGUGCGCUACUCUACUCCAGCCACAUUCGUGCUGUCCCACAGAUGCAAGCUGCGAGGCAGAUGAUGCAAGCCAUUGCAGCCAAUGAGUUGAGGCGAGGAGAACAUGAAGCCGAGUUGGAAGUGUAUUGGCCCUCAAGGUCGCCUGCAGGGCGUUCCAUAGCAGAGCCUUCACCGGCCCACUCCUAAGACGACUGCUGUCAGCAAAAUCAUGUCUGUACUAAACUUGACCAAAACAGCGACAUUGAUGGGUCUGAUGGCGGAGCAUGGCUGAUGGUUGAUGGGUCAUGGCGUAGAGGGUCCGAGGACAACCUGGUGUUUGCUUGAUUCGAGUUUCGGUUUUCGGGUUUUAACGGAUUGGAUGCUUUGAGAAUCCAGGGCUAUAUACUGCUAGAUACGUGUGUGGCGAAGGGAAGCAUAUCGGAAACCGACCGAGAUACGAAUGAAACGAUACGACUGGCAUCAGAGAGCCGAUCCCAGUUGAGAGGAGAAUCAUCAUCAAUCAUUAUUGUCGAUAAGCGCAUUUGUGCUACUCGGCGAGGGAGUUGAAGACAUGGCGGGCAGACGAGAUAUGGGAAAGUACUGAUAAGAGAGAUAAGCCCUCAUUCAAGCGGAGGAGUAUUCUCUGAUACGCUGAAGGAUCGGAUAUCGAGAAGCGGUUCAUGGUGAAGCUGGGGUUGCAUGGCUAGUGGCUGUAGGGGUGUUGUGUGUUUGCGAGGGGGCGAGAUGGAUCUUCAUUGACCUGGGGGAGAUUCUGGGGUGAGGUGAGGGGGUGGAUUUGGGGCUGUCCGUGUAAGUGUGGGCGGUGGCUUUCAGCCAAAGGCAGUGAAGGUCUGAGACUCAACAACAACGCCCGUUACUAUCUGAUCUUUAUCUUGGGUACCUUGCGUAGGCAGGGUCAUUGUGGUGGUCUUUCUAUUCCGUAGUAUCACUUUUUUGAGGAGUCAUAGAUUGUCUGAGCAACCGAAAGCACCUCAUUGUGCUGAGAUCCAGCUACAUCAGCCCUGGCCUUGGCCUUGGCGAUUUGAAUCGAAUAUGACAACCAAGUGGCCAACUGAACAAUAAUGGACAAGGCCCAGGCUCGGGUUCUGUAGCCGUUGCUCAGAGCUCAAUCAGCCAAUCGACAUGGCGAAUUGAGCACUCAGUUACACACAGACAUUCAGGUACGACAUACAACGGCCAGGGGAGUAAACACAUGGUUGUUGUGUGAAGGGGCCACUGAUGUGUCAGUGGGUUGGUUGAUCGGUUGGUCUUCGAUUAUUGUCUCACUCACACUCCCUUUUCUUUGUUUGUUUGGGGAAGCUAAGCAUGCAUGCCAUGCCUGACGAUUGAUACCAAGAGUCUUGGGCUAUGCGCCAGGGCAUAACACGGGAAGAACAUGCACCUAUUAGAUUGCUCAUAUCCGUACUGUAUCACCAGUAAACCAGCAAAGUGCUUCCGCCAUCGAUCACGGGACUUUUGAUCUCCAACAUGACAGACCAAAUCAUAAUUAUUCUGUGCU